UGAGCACAAGUUGCCUCAGCUGAUCAUUGAUAAUGUACUUGCUUCAGGAUGGCAGUCCACUACAACAUGCCCAGUCUUGCAUUGCAGUAGUUAGAUGAAUGUUCCAGUUAUCAUCUGAAGGACUUUUAAAUAUCGAAGCUUUGGCAUCGUGUUAGCAUUUUACUGCUGCAAUUGAAACUCGUCAUGUUUGUUAUGGUGUUAUAUGGAGAUAAUGAACAUGCCCUUUUUAAUACGUUAUGUAAAAUUCCGGUUUUGCUGGACUGCAUUAAACAGAAAUGUCACUAUGAGGCUGAAGCCGAAGUUGACCUAGCAGACGAGACCGGACAAGUGAAGAACUUAUCACAAAACCAACAUUGCUACGCCUCUGACAUCCUCACUGAACGAGAAAUUUACAUUCUUCUUGGAGUCAACAAACCAAACAAGGCCUCAACACCUGUCUACGUACCAUUACUGAACAAUGAUAAUAUUGUCAAUUCCAAAUUCCUAGCUAAACUUGGAGCCCAACUGGAUUCUCUAAGUCAAAACCGAGGAAAUGUAAAGAAAAUGUGCAAAAAAUCUGCAUCACCAUCUCCCUCACGUUCAUCCACCACAGAUGGUAAACAGCGCACUUCACCCAAUGGGAAACAUAAAAAUAUCUCAACACCUCAAGGAGGAAAGCACUGAGCCUGAAACACUCAUGGCACUUACUGGAGUUGUAUAUUUAUUUUCUGGAUCGCAAAAUUUAUGGAACUGUGGAUUUUCCAGUUAUUCUGCAAGACUAAGAAUGGAAAUCAAUAAAGCACAUCAAUUUUUUUUCUCCCAUCCUUUUUAUAACAAGCAGAACUCAUUUACGUGGAACAGGAGUAAAGGUCAUUAAAGUUGCAUUUUAAUA